UGCUUAUUUUUGUCCUGUUUAUUCAGGAUGUAUCUGGAGAAUAAGAACGGUUUGGAGACGUCGCAGGCGGGAGCUCAGGGCCAUCAGAAGUCUGAAGCUGUGGCAGGAAACUUUGAUGAGCUGCGGCUCUUAGAAGGAUUUUCUAAAAGGACGGAGACACAGAAGCUGCUGCAGGCCGCCGCUGUACCACCGGGACACCACAUCAUCUACACCGACCACCAGGAGCACAGACAAAACUUCAGCAUGGUGAACUUCCUGAGAGGAAAGACGAGCCUGACGGAGAGAUCUCCACUGCUCCGGAUCACUCGGGACGACGGUUUAACAUACAUGACCCUGCGUGACACCGGUUUUGGACCCGGAGACGAUUUAUGGGAUGGAAAUUCUGCAGAGUUGGAGCGAAGAUGUCGCCUGGGGAGCGAAGUGACGAGUCUGUCUCGCUCAGUGUCUACUGACAAAACUGAGAACAACUUCAAACUCUCCUCCAACCUCAGAAACUGUUUAAGAGUCACAAAACUUGUGACCAUCUUCAUCAUCGUCAUCCUCUGUACACUGCUGUUCAGCAUGUUUCCUGAUCGAGAUCGUCCUUGGAGGAUGCUGGCCGUCUCGUCCGCGUCAAGCUUCUCCAUGAACUUGACGAAUUUCCGUGAGAACGCCUUGCUGAAGCUGCAGGUCGGUGGUCCGUUUCAGGGUGGGAUCCAGGACAUUCCUGCACAGGAAUACAUCCUGGUGCAGGUAGAGCAGACGGUGGAGAUAUCGGCCCGCAGGAAACGAGUGCAACAGGUAUUUUAUAACUGGACCAUUCCUCUACAUUCCAGACGGAGUGACCAGAUUCUCAAAACCAGGACCUUUGCGAUGCUUACUGGAGCUCCAAUCCAGAUUAACGUGCAGGCCUUCCUGCAGGACAAUCAGGUGGUUCCUCUGUCCAUGACUCACCAGGCUCUUUCUUUACGAGUGGAAACUCAGGUGCUAAUCGCUGGACUCAUCCUGACUGGAGUUUACGUGCUGAUCAUCUUCGAGAUUGUACACCGCACCCUGGCAGCCAUGUUGGGAUCGCUGGCCGCCCUCGCUGCCCUCGCCUAUGUCGGAGAUAGGCCCAGCCUGAUGACAGUUGUGGAGUGGAUUGACUUUGAAACGUUGGCCUUGUUGUUUGGCAUGAUGAUUUUGGUGGCCAUUUUUUCCGAAACUGGCUUUUUCGAUUAUUGUGCUGUUAAGGCGUAUCGGUUGUCCAGAGGUCGAGUUUGGCCGAUGAUCAUCAUCCUGUGUCUCAUCGCUGCCAUUCUAUCUGCAUUCCUCGACAAUGUCACCACCAUGAUGCUCUUCACCCCCGUCACCAUCAGGUUAUGUGAGGUGCUGAAUUUAGACCCGAGACAUGUCCUGAUCGCUGAGGUCAUCUUCACCAACAUCGGCGGAGCUGCGACAGCGGUCGGAGAUCCCCCCAACGUCAUCAUAGUCUCCAACCAAGACCUGCGCAAAAAGGGACUGGAUUUUGCUGCGUUUACAGGCUACAUGUUUCUGGGCAUCUGCCUGGUGCUGCUGACCUCCUUUCCCUUUCUGAGGAUUCUCUACUGGAAUAAAAAACUAUACAACAAGGAGUCCAGUGAGAUUGUGGAGAUGAAGCAUGAGAUUCUGGUAUGGAGGCAGACGGCGCAGCGGAUCAACCCUGCCAGCCGAGAGGAGACUGCCGUCAAGUGUCUUCUCAUGCAGAAGGUUCUCAACCUGGAGUGCCUCCUGCGCAAGAAGCUCCGGACCUUCCAGAGGCAAAUAUCUCAAGAGGACAAAAACUGGGAGAGCAACAUCCAGGAGCUCCAGAAAACGCACAGAAUCACAGAUAAAGUCCUGCUGGUGAAGUGUGUGGCGGUGCUUUCCGUAGUCAUCUUCAUGUUCUUCCUGAACUCCUUUGUAGCUGGGAUUCAUCUGGAGCUGGGCUGGAUCGCAGUCUUAGGUGCUCUGUGGUUGCUCAUUCUGGCAGAUAUCCAGGACUUUGAGAUCAUCCUGCACAGAGUGGAGUGGGCCACGCUGCUCUUCUUCGCCUCACUGUUUGUGCUCAUGGAGGCUUUGGCACAGUUACAGUUGAUUGACUACAUCGGUGUACAGACAGCAGCGUUAAUUAAAGCUGUACCAGAGAGCGAGCGUCUGGCCAUCGCCAUCAUCCUGGUCAUGUGGGUUUCGGCUUUGGCUUCCUCGCUCAUAGACAACAUUCCCUUCACUGCUACCAUGAUUCCGGUGCUGAUCAACCUGAGCCAGGACGACGACGUGAACCUGCCGGUCAAACCGCUCAUAUUCGCUCUGGCCAUGGGAGCGUGUUUAGGAGGUAAUGGGACGCUGAUCGGUGCGUCAGCGAACGUGGUAUGCGCUGGAAUAGCAGAACAACACGGAUACGGAUUUUCCUUCAUGGAAUUCUUCAGGUUGGGAUUCCCAAUGAUGUUGAUGACGUGUACCGUAGGUAUGUGCUACCUGCUAGCCACUCACAUAGGACUGGGCUGGAACAUCUAAACCUGCAAAUUCCUGAUAAAGGAGAUGAAGAUGAGGAG